AUGGCGCUUUGCCAGAACCGAUUACAAGAGGAGAGGAAGCAGUGGCGACGAGACCAUCCUUUCGGGUUCUAUGCCAAGCCACAGCGUACUAAAGAAGGUGUACUCGAUGUCAAAAAUUGGGAAUGCGGAAUCCCUGGCAAAGACAACACAAUUUGGUCUGGCGGACUCUUCAAGCUGACCAUUGCUUUCCCUGAUGAGUACCCUACAAAGCCUCCCAAGUGUAAUGCCCUCUCGACCACGAUGUGUGAAGGCCGCCUUGCUAAUAUAAACAUAGGCAAAUUUGUCCCCCCGCUGUUCCACCCCAAUGUGUACCCUUCAGGAACUGUCUGCCUGUCCAUUCUCAACGAAGAGGAGGCCUGGAAGCCUGCGAUUACCGUCAAACAAAUACUUCUCGGUAUCCAGGACCUUCUCAACGACCCCAACCCCGAGUCACCUGCCCAAGCAGAGGCAUACAAUCUCUUCAAGAGAGAUCGUGCCGAGUACGAGAAGCGAGUUCGCCGUACGGUUCGCGAGAACCCCACACCUUAA